AUGUCCCAUGCACCUGGCAGCCGUCGAACCUGGCAGCCCAAUCUGGUGGAGGAUCUCGGGGCGGUUCAACGUUUGAAGGCCACCUGUGUGGUGACUCUGCUGGCCUCUGAAGAGCUCGAGACACUUGGGCUCCAAGAGCUUGGAGUAGCAGUGGAGGCUGCAGGUAUGGACUGGCACUAUUGCGAGCUUCGCGACAAGUGGAUUCCUUGGAACUCUGAGGUUUAUUUGAAGGAGAUGGUGCUGCCUUUGGUUCAACGUUUGCAAAACAAAGAAACCAUUCUGGUACAUUGCAGCGGAGGCAAGGGACGGACUGGCACUCUUGUGGGAGCCUUGCUCAUGACUUCUGCCGGUGGCCACCUCUCCUUGCCUGCUGCGAUUUCGGCCAUGCGAGCAGCUCGACCCGGCAUGCUGAAGAAUCCCUUGCAGCAGCUCUUCCUUCUGCAUUUGCAAAGCUCUUUGGCCACAAUGUGA